UGCUACACCCGCACCGGCGCACCCACCCUCGCCUUCCACCACUUGCGCAAGCGGCCAAUUUACACCAACUCCCACCCUGUCGCUCGCGGCCAUUGCUGAUCGCCCGCAUCUGCAUCGCGAGCGUGAAGUGAAGGAAAAAAAGAGGACAUGACGCUGCUGUGUGUGCCGCUCGUGGGGCGGACGGUCGAGGAGAUGAAGAUCGACGCGGCGGCAGCAGCGGCCGCAGGAGGUGACCUCGUGGAGAUCCGGCUGGACUUCAUCGAGGGGUUCAGCCCGCGGGAGGACCUCCCGCGCCUUCUCCGCAGCUGCCCGCUCCCCGCCCUUGUCACCUACCGGCCUAACUGGGAAGGAGGUCGCUAUGAUGGUGAUGAUGCUGCAAGGUUUGAAACACUACGUUUGGCAAUGGAACUAGGCGUAGACUAUGUCGACAUUGAGUUAAAGGUUGCUGACAAAUUUAUCAACUUUCUUUCUGGUAAUAAGCCAGAUAAAUGUAAACUUAUUGUAUCUUCACAUAAUUAUGAGAGUACCCCAUCCUGCGAGGAGCUUGCAAACCUUGUAGCUAGAAUACAAACAGUUGGAGCGGACAUAGUUAAAGUUGCAACCACUGCUACAGACAUUGCUGAUGUGUCAAGGAUGUUCCAGGUGAUGGUGCACUGCCAAGUGCCUAUGAUUGGAUUGGUGAUGAGUGAAAGAGGUUUGAUGUCAAGGGUGUUAUCCCCAAAAUUUGGUGGAUAUCUUACCUUUGGAAUACUUGAUGCUACAAAGACAUCAGCAUCUGGGCAGCCAACGCUUGAAGAAUUAUUGGAUAUUUACAAUAUAAGGUGUAUAGGACCUGAUACAAAGGUUCUUGGUCUUAUAGCCAACCCAGUAAAGCAGAGCAAGAGCCCAAUUUUGCACAAUAAAUGUCUUCAGUCUGUUGGAUUCAAUGCUGUUUAUCUUCCUCUUCUGGCAGAUGAUCUAGCUAGAUUCCUCGACACAUAUUCAGCUCCAGAUUUUUCAGGAUUUAGUUGUUCUCUUCCUUUCAAAGUGGAUGCAGUACAUUGUUGCCAUGAACAUGAUGCUGUUGCUAAGUCAAUAGGAGCCAUAAACACUAUAAUUAGGAAAUCAGAUGGCAAAUUAGUGGGGUACAAUACAGACUACGUUGGAGCAAUUUCUGCUAUUGAGGAUGCCAUUGGAGGUCCAGGGUCAAAGGAUGCUGCUGUGUCACCCUUGGCUGGCAGGCUUAUUGUUGUUGUAGGUGCUGGUGGUGCUGGUAAGGCAAUUGCUUAUGGGGCAAAGAAGAAGGGUGCGAGAGUUGUAGUAGCAAACCGUACCUAUGAAAAGGCAGUUACUCUUGCCAAUGCAGUUGGUGGUCAGGCCCUGAGGUUAGCCGACCUGGAAAAUUUCGGGCCUAAAGAAGGAAUGAUCCUCGCUAAUGCAACAUCAUUGGGGAUGUACCCAAAUGUUGAUGGCACUCCUGUUCCAAAGGAAGCUUUAAGUUUCUAUGAUGUAGUGUUUGAUGCUGUAUAUGCCCCCAAAGAUACCCGUCUUCUACGAGAAGCAGAAGAAUGUGGAGUGAAAGUUGUCAGCGGUGUAGAGAUGUUUAUUAGACAAGCCAUGGGUCAAUUUGAGCAUUUCACUGGUGGUAUAGAAGCUCCGGAAAGCCUCAUGCGGGAGAUAGCAGCAAAGUACACCUAGCAGGUUCGUCUGGCCAUCUUGUGGCAUUUUGUUUCUUCAAUGUUGAAGUCAUUGUGGGUUAACAUGUACACCAUCCGUCCCUAUUUACAUGGAGCACACAUAUUUGAAGAUUCAGCUGUGACUAUAGAGGAGAAUAUGUAUCGUGGUAGUCGAUACUAGGUCUCUACAUAAACCCUUGUGCUACUAGUCUCGCUUUAUAUCUCAUCACCUUACUAUUUUCGUUCCUUUUUUUGAACGAAAACCCAUUUAUCUCCCAGAGGAAAGAAUUUAUGAGUAGGUAUUACUUUAGAGAAUACCUCUCUUUGUAUCAUAUGAUUCUCCCGAAUCAAUAUAGUUUGUGGAAAUUUCAUUAGUUUCUUCA